UUAAUUUUAAAUUUACAAUUCAUCAUUCACGAGUAGAAAGAUAUGGUUUUAUAAAUAUAAAUGCAUAUUUAACGGUUUCUAUUUGUUGAUCGCUCGUUUAAUUUUAAAGACUAUUGCAACACUAUUCUUAUUAAUCUUUUAUCGGAUCACAAAAUCGUAAAGCCGGUGUCUGGUACAGUAUACGAGUAUACUGUACACCUUGUGUAUAACAUCUUUUUAGGGACAGGGAAACACGAAUUCCCCGAGGGACGUUCUUCAGGCAACGAUGAUGGACAGAAUGAUUCCCCUCGGAACGAUGUGUGCGUGCGCGUGUAAGGAGUUUUUUCCCUUUUUCUCCUCGUCCAGAUGUAUUUUUAUAUUUUCUUUUCAAACGACAAACUCAUAUAUAUUCUCGAGUUUAGAACGGCGGGGGAUAAAAUCGUAACCGCGCACAGCAGUUGCCAACCGAGGAGGGUCGUUUUUAGUAUGUAUAGGGUAGGUGGGCGAUUCUUCAAUAAUUCAAAGUUCCAAAACGAGGGAUCUUUACCGACAAACAGCACAUAAAUUGCAAUAAACCUCGGCCGGUAGACACUAGUGUUUCAACACUGCACGAUCAGCCAUAAUAUAAGUUUCAACACACAAGAGCUUUCACCGAAAUUAGCUAUCAUGAUGAUGCGAAAAAACACUAUACCCCGCAGUUGUCCAUAUGAACAGAACCCAUUGACACCGCAUAUUACUGCUGAAAACUCUGAACACAAGUCACGUAAACUGCGUUUUUUUCAGUAUAGACACACAACACGAUCGUUUUUACCAUACGCAUUGUCGUCUCUGGUGAAGAUUAACGGCUCUUUUGGGAUUGCAAAUAACAGAACCGGCUUAUUUCGUAGGACACUGGAAUGGUGGAAAAGUAAAGAAAAUGACCCAUGGAUGAAGUCGAUCUUUGUUUUCUAUUCAUUCGUAUUCGCUUUAGUAGCCACCCUCAGUCCUUAGAUAAUACGAAACAAUACUCCCGGGGCCAUCAACUUUGAUUAUUUUAAAGAUACCAUUUAAGUGUCCGCGACCCUACAUUAUGAUGUUUAUUGUUAUUUGUCUUCCUAUUUGUUUAAAUCCGUGUAACGUCCGAGGAAAUUUUAAGUGCUUAAAUACUGCUACCAUCAUAAAUAUGAGUAAUUAUUACUAUACACAACUAAGAAUGGUCACGACAAAUAUUUAUACAGACGUAUACAGUUUUGCUUUACAAACAAUUAACACUUAGGCUAUUGCGAAAAUCAAUUCAUUAUGAAACACUACUGUAGAAUUAACUUUUUAGAACCUUAGAAGUUUAGGUAAAUCGAUAUUCGUCGUAUAUUGUUGAUCAAAUCGAAACAAUACAAAUAAUCUAACAUUUCAUGUUUCUAACGAUUUUAUUUGAGUUUUUUUAAAGUACGAAAAUCUUAAUUACAUUUGUUUCUAUUCGUCUUCUAUUC